AGAACUGUAUUUAGGCUGUUUUAUUCACUUUGUUUGGAGGGGGUGUAUGGCAUUAUUUUCCAGGUUCAUAUCAUGCCUGUCAUUUACGCCCACUGUACAAUUCGUUGACUGUCUGCUUCUUUUUCUCCCUCUUUCACCUCCCUCCUCUUCUCCUAAAGGCGCCAUGCAAACCCCAGAGGCAGGCGCUGACUCUGCGUCUUCGGUGCCCCUCCAGACCAGCGUGCCUGUGCAGCCUGCUGUCACUGCCCAGCAGGUGGCCUCUCAGGUGCCCGUCCAGCAACAGGCCCAGACUGUUCAACAGGUCCAGCAUGUAUAUCCAGCACAGGUGCAGUAUGUGGAGGAGAACAGCGGCGUCUACACCAAUGGAACCAUACGGACAUAUUCCUACUCCGAGCCCCAGAUGUAUAGCCAGAACAGUGCGGGGAACUACUUUGACACGCAAGGCAGCUCAUCUCAUGUGACCACGGUGGUGACAUCUCACAGCAUGGCCAACAACGGCAACGGAAAUGGAGGGCUGCCGAUGGGCCUCUCCGGCAGCCAGAUCAUCAGCAGCUCAGGAGCAUAUCUGAUCGGGGGCAACUCUAUGGACAACUCGGCCCCUCACACUGCAGCCCAGACCACCAGGGCCUCCCCAGCUACAAUUGAAAUGGCGAUUGAGACGCUCCAAAAGUCUGAGGGUUUGUCCAGUCAGAGAAGCUCACUGCUCAACAGCCAUCUACAAUGGCUCCUGGACAACUACGAGACUGCAGAAGGGGUGAGUCUGCCUCGCUCCAUGCUUUACAGCCACUACCUGCGCCACUGCCAAGAGCAGAAACUGGACCCAGUCAAUGCUGCAUCAUUCGGAAAACUCAUCCGCUCCAUCUUCAUGGGGCUUCGCACUCGCCGCCUGGGAACCAGAGGGAACUCGAAGUAUCAUUACUAUGGGAUCCGGGUGAAGCCAGACUCGCCUCUGAACCAGCUGCAGGAAGACAUGCAGUACAUGGCUCUGCGACAGCAGCCUGUCCAGCAUAAACAGAGGUUCAAGCCAGUGCAUAAAAUGGAUGGAGUUUCAGGUGACUAUUCCAACAGCGGCCAGCACAAUCUCAUUGCUGCAGAGCAGACUAUCCUUGCACAGAGCCAGCACCAUCAGCAGUUCCUGGAUGCCUCUAGGGCUCUCCCAGAGUUUGUAGAGCUUGAUCUGGGAGAACAUGUAGUAGAAGGCGUCAGCAUGGAGGAUAUCAAAGCCCUUCAGACACUGUACAGAGAACACUGCGAGGCCAUUUUGGAUGUGGUGGUAAACCUCCAGUUUAGCCUGAUAGAGAAGCUGUGGCAGACGUUCUGGCGCUAUUCCCCUUCCAACUCUGUAGAGGGCACCACCAUCACGCAAAACAGCGGGGUGAGUGAGAUCGAGAGCCGCCUACCGCAAGCCAGGCUGCUGCUGCUGUGCCGGAGUGAGGCCGUGCUGAAGUGGAUGAGUGCCUGUGAUCACCUGAUGUACCAGGCUCUGGUGGAGAUCCUCAUCCCUGAUGUACUCAGACCCAUUCCUAGUGCCUUGACUCAAGCCAUCCGUAACUUUGCCAAAAGCCUUGAGGGCUGGCUCACCAACGCCAUGAGCGCCAUUCCCCAGAAGAUGAUCCAGACCAAGGUAUCCGCUGUUAGUGCCUUUGCUCAAACCCUGCGCAGAUACACGUCUCUGAACCACCUGGCCCAGGCAGCGCGUGCAGUUCUGCAGAACACCUCCCAGAUUAACCAGAUGCUGAGCGACCUCAACCGUGUGGACUUCGCCAAUGUGCAGGAGCAAGCCUCGUGGGUGUGCCAGUGUGAAGAGGGUAUGGUCCAGCGGCUGGAGCAGGACUUCAAGGCCACACUGCAGCAGCAGAGCUCCUUGGAGCAGUGGGCCGCCUGGUUGGAUAAUGUGGUCUGCCAAGUCCUCAAGCCCUACGAGGCCCAGCCCACCUUCCCUAAAGCUGCCCGCCAGUUCCUGCUCAAGUGGUCCUUUUACAGCUCAAUGGUGAUCAGAGACUUGACCCUGCGCAGUGCCGCCAGCUUCGGCUCCUUCCACCUGAUCCGCCUACUCUACGACGAGUACAUGUUCUACCUGGUGGAGCACCGUGUUGCCCAGGCAACAGGAGAGACGCCCAUCGGGGUAAUGGGAGAGUUUGCAGACCUGAAUACCAUGUCACCUGCCAACAUUGAUAAAGACGAGGUGAGCGAGAUGGGCAGCGACCUGGACGAGGAGAUGGAGGAGUCGGAGGAGCUGCUGACUAAGCAGGAGAAAAACGAGACGGAGGUGAUUCAGGUGCUGCAGGUGGGGGCCAUGGAGGACGGCAGCAGCGCCGUGGUGGGAGUCGUGCAGCCGGGCUCGAUUCAGCUCACUUCAGCCGCCCAUGCCGACCACAUCCUCAGCUCGCCCACCGGACCCAGCACCAUCCGCCACUGCAGCGGUGCUGGGAACGCAUACGCCUCUGUGUGAAGAGGCCAAGACAGAGCUACUCACUCUUUCUGCUUCGCUGUCUCAUGACUCAUUUUCCCCUCUCCCUGCACACAGUGCACUCUUUCAAGUUCCGUUAUGUCCACUUUCUCCCUCUCAUCUUUAUCUGUCGAUGUUUAAGGCAUUCUCUUGUGCUCAGCAAGGUUGAAUCACACGUAUGAUAACACUACACCUAAUGGCUUAGUUGCAAAAUGCAUAGCUGCAGCUCGAGUCCUGUCUGCUAUAUGAACUUAGUUUGUGUGAUCAGCUUAUCCAACUCGGAGCAACCCUUGAAAGAGAAGUUGGUGCUGAUAGAAAAUGGCGAGUUUUUAACUAUUUUUGAUGACCAAGAGCUCAAAUCCAAGCCACUAGCUCCACAAGGAAAACGAAAAUGAUUCUAGAAGUUUAUUUUUGACUUUGUGUCUUGUCACUUUUUUCUAUUUAUUCGUACUACUGGUCAUUGUUUACGAUUUUCUACGUGGCUUUGUGUUGCAGUGGGAAACCUUGCUGUAUACUGUGCUGCUAUAACCUCAGGCAGGCUACUGAACUUCUGAACUUCUUAAGCUUGCUUAUUCAUCAGACUGUACCUUGCCCCUUUGCCUUCUGUUUGUGGAAUUAGUCGCUUGGUAGCUCUUUGGAGAGGAUUCGAUAUGUACACUACAUAUACAGUGCUUGUUGUGAUAGUAAAAAUAAUUUGUAGUGAUUUAUUUUUCCAGAUUGGACCAAAAAUGAGUGGCGACUGGCUGUUCCGGGCCGUUUGUAAAGCUUUGUUUCCUCUCCCACCUGUGCCGUGUUGUAAAACAGAGCGAAUGUCAGGGAUUUAAUGUACCUCGGGUUCAUCAUAGUGCCUUAACAGCUUUUCAUUUUGUCAUACUGACAGGGAGGCAGUUCUUUUUUUUUUUCUUUUUUCUUUUUUUGGUUCCGGUUGCUCACUUACCGGUGUAUGGUCAUUGCUAGAUCUCUGUAAUUGGACUUGUGGCUGGAUUUGUGGUUGGUCAUCAAUGUGAGAAGGUACAGCACUGAUGAUUCAGGAGUGCAGUUUAUCCACUAAGUAGGGCUGGCUCGAACGUUUUCCAGGCUUCAAAUUCUCGUUGGUGUUUACUAUUACACAUUCCCAGUAAAAACACUGGGCCUCAUUCACCAAUAUCUUUCCUAGUUUUUUCAUAAACUUGUUCUUGAGAAAGGUUCUAAGAAAAAGUCUACGUCAGAUUAAUGACAUGUUCUCAAACUGCAGAACUGUUCGCACCUUUGUGCUCUUGUGUAUGUGUAGAUUCUGUUCUUACCUAAGAACAAAUCCCAAAUAAGAAAACACUGGUGAGACAGAAUGUUCAUGAAAACUGUGCAGGUGGGUUUUAAAAAGAAGUUUCUUCUAAAGAAUGGUUGGUGAAUGAGGCCCAAUAAGAUUUACAGUUCAUAACUAACCAUAAUUUGAAAUCUGUUUAAAUCAAAAAAUUCCAAAUCGUUACAGAUCCCUUUUUACGAUAGAUGUCGUACACAUCAUGUCAGAGAAUCAGACAGUCCAACUGGAUUUUUGCUUACCUGGAUAGCAACGAUGACAUAGAAUUAAAUGUUUUAAAAUCUUUGUUUAGAGAUUUGUUUUCAUAGCUAGGUUAAUGUUAGCUAGAUUAGGGUUACUGAAUCAGCUAUCUAGCCAAUUUCAAAGUUCAGAUUCCAUCACGAGUAAAACAACUUUGAUAGAUGAACAUAAAUCUUGUUAAAGCAACAUUUAUGUAAGAUUUGGGGAUUUGGAAAUAUGUAAUUGUAUGCAGCGGGUGUUUUGUAACGUCGGUUGUGCUUCAAGCGGAUGUGGAGUAUUCAAAGAGAACUACUAGGAUACUAUAGUCAACAUACCUUUAUCAGUAUAAUGCUUAUUUUGCAUUUGAGACCUAAACGUUGAGUCGGACGUUCUUUUUAAGCCUGCGUGUGUGACGUUCAUACAUAAAGAUGUAUGACGUGGUCUAAAAAACCCCUAGCAAAUCCGUCCCGGUACCCCUGACUUUUAAAUGAUUACUUCAGGCUUUACAGUGCAACUCGCAGAGACACACGGACAUCGUAUUUUAUUGUUUUCUUCUUUCUCCACACAAACGCUGCUUCUUUCAGUUAUAACAAAAAAAAAAAUAUGACAGUGCUGAUUUAAACUCAGAGAAUACUCUGAGUUACUGGAUUCUCAUAUAUGUAAUGUUACAGUCCUUCAUAACCUGUUAGCUACCCUGCUGCCCCUGUUUGUCUCCCUCUCUCAGCUUCGGCACGUUCAACAGUGAAAACUAGCCAGACAAAUUAACGUGUUUAAACGUUAUUUGGCGUUUUUUUAAUAUCUUCUACUGACUUAGCUUGCUUGGCAGGAAAAGGGGUGACACUGCAAAGUCGUAGAGGGAGGGUGGCGGUGUUUAGCCUUUAACGUUAUCUGGGUAUGACUUUUUAAAUACCCUAAUAUCAUGUCAAACUGCCAUUUUCACUGGUGUUAUGAUCUAAUCCAAUGAUGAAUUACCUCUAACGCUACAUUAUCAGGCAUCCACAAGAAUGUUCUAGAAAUUCUUUACAGGGUCUAAAGUGUUCAACAAAAGACGAAGCUUCUGGAUAGUAAAUGAUGCGAAUACCAGCGUGACGGAGGAAUAUUCGAAUGAUUCGAGCCAGCCCUACCGCAAAGGUUCUUAUUGUGGUACGACACGUCUUACUUACUACUUACACUGCUCAAGGCCUGCUCCCUCCUUCGCCUUCUGUGGUUAGGGGAAGGUUUGUGUGUGUGUGUGUGUGUGUGUGUGUGUGUGUGUCUGUGUGUAUGUUGUGCGUAUGUAUGCACGCACAUGAGGGCUGGAAUUGGGCUUAGUCGUGUUUUUGUUGAUAGAUUGUUUGUGUAAACGUCACCCUACCUCACACCAGUGGUGCCAGCCCUUGGAUGCAAAAGCCCUGCAGUUCUGAUGUGUUACAUUGUGCUGGUCUCAUCCAAUCACACUAAUUCUGUCCACACUCACAUCCUAUCCAUUCCUUUUGUUAGACACUGGAUAUAUGUAUAGGACCAAAAGUUGCUAUUUGCUAUGAUAAAGAUAAAUAUAUAUAUAUAUAUUGAUAUAAAUAUAUAUGAGGGUGAAUCAGUUCAUAUGUUUCUUUUAGUGUGGAAUAGCUGAGCUGGUGGUGUUGCUUUUGUAGCUUCUUUUGUCGAUCGGUUGAUCCGUUAAUUGACUGUGAAAGGGGAGGGGGAGGUCAGUCUGUAUCAUUGGGAGAAGACACGAAAUUGGGUGAUUUGGACCAAUGAUUUUGCAAAACAAAUGGCUCCCUUUCACCCGAGAGCACCAGCGACAUGCAUUUAAAAAGAGGAUCUCAGUCUGGUGUCUAGUUGCUCCCUGGUAAUAGGUGCUGACUACAUGAACUCCUUUUUUUGGUACUUGAUUUGUACUUGUUAUUGAUUGCCGUCAUGUAAUGGGGAAAACAAAAACACUGGAAAACCAGACGAACUGGAUCCGUUUUGUCUUCACUACUGACAUUUAGUUAUUUUUUAUUGUUUUAUCUGACUUGGGUAGCUGCCCAUGGAUGCUGUUUCUUCUUCUUCUUCUUUUGUGUUUUUUCCAUGGACACUGUUUACGGCACUGAAUUUCAAGUGUAAUUUGUCUGCCUGAUCGGCUUAUUUUUAAAAAUUUUCCUGAAGGUCCUCAAAAACCCUGCUUUCUGGAACCUAAUCACCAUUUAUUGGACUACAGUUUGCAAAUUAGGUCACUUUUUUUCAUAGUUAUGAGCCGUUAGCCGCUGAAUGUGGCACAAUUUGCUGAAUAUGCUUAGAGGUUCUGUAACUGAUCUAAUAUUUAGCCCCACCUCCCUGUGUAAAGUUAACCAUGUUUUUAGUUUAGUUUCUCGCUAUGGAUUUGUCAUGUUUUGUUGUAUCCUCUUGUGCCUGGAGUGAGAACAGCUCUAUGCUAUUAGUUAGUUUUAAAUUAAAGUGCUUUUGGUCUUGCAUGCCUUUUUUUAUUGUGCUGCUAGAAUAUCAUGAAUUUCCUUUUUCUAUUUCUUUUCGGACUGUGCCACAGUAAAUAACGAUUUUGCGUAUUCAUUCCAAUCUGCUUGCCUGUUGCUGUCCCCUCCUUUUUUUUUUUGCCAAAAUGAUGAUGACGACAAAAUGCCUGAUAAUUUAAUUUGAACAUAUGUUCACUGUUUAUUCCUGAGACCUGAGCUGGCGUGCCCUAUUUUUUUAUGUCCCACUCCACUGAAGUUGGCCUUGCUGCAACCUGAACCCUAAAAAUGAUCCGUUUUGUCACCAAAGUAUGGUGCGCAUCAGGGCGAAGCAGUGAAGGCAGAGAAAACGUGACCGAACAUAUCAAACCCCUGAGCUACUGCAAACAGGAGAGGGAAGGCUCUCCUAGCAAGGCAGCUUCACUGACAAAAGACUUCAGUGCCUUUUGAUUUCACUAAGACCUCCAGGACCGGAGGAAGCUCACCGGUUUGGCCGUCUUCGCAAGGCGGACAGCGGUCGAGUUUCAGCUGGCCAGUCUAAGUAAGGUCUACUCUUAGCCGUGGUUCAGGUGUCCCUGCUGUCCUCUACGUAACCCCUAUGACUCGCACCGACCACAGAUAUGCACAUGUACACGUUUAGGGGUGUAACCGCUCCAUCUCUCCAUCGUGGCGACUGAUAAAUGUGGGGAGUCUUAUAUGGAUGGAUCUCUUGCGUAGGAAACAGUGAUGUAAGUAGAGCUGUAUUGGAAUUUCACCAAUAAGAACACUGCACUAUCAUAAUCAUGACAUCCUUUCCCCCCCUUUCUAUUGUUCGUGGAGUGAUGUGCUUUUUUUUUUCUUUUCUUCCUUUUUUAAAUGCUUUUCGGAAUAUUUUAAGUGCCAUUUGACGGUUUACUUAGUGAGUCGUGGCCUGCUGUAGCGUGUCCUAAUGCAAGCACAAGCAUUGUGGUACUCCCUAGCGACUCAACACUCUGAGGGGGGGUAAAAAAAAGCAGUCUUAGUUGUAAAUAUUGAAAUAAAAUGGAAGGUUAUUUAUUUACUCUCCCUUUCGUUGACCGGUUUAAUGACUGAUAUGUUUUUGAAAGUGUACAUGGUGAUUCUUUUCCCCUCUUUCUCUUUUCGGACAAUGUAUUGUACUUUACAUAUACAUACAGUAUGUAUUUUUUUUCCCUUCUCCUUUUUCGUGUGUUGUUUCAAUUUAUCUCUUAGUAAAUUAUAUUCUCUGAAAAAUUGGUAAGAGCUAACCAAUAUGUGUAGAGUGAUUUGUAUUGUGUAUUUUACAUGAAGGAUAACAAAACUGGGGAACUUUUAUAUUUAUAAAGGCAUAUAUUAACAUUUAGUGUGUCGUUAUGAGGAAAAUAGAGGAAAUAUCCAAGACACAUGUAGUUUGUUUUUUCUGAAUAUUUCAGACUUGAGCUCAGGCUAGCUUAUUAGUGUUGUUUACUUACUUGUGGCUGUCUUUCAAUUAAUAAACUUUUUUCUUGUUGAAAAAAAAUUGUGUACAGCUUUUCAAAAUUAAACCUCAGUGUAAACUGGUGUUAGAGGGUUGGAUUAAGCCUAGUCCUGGAUGAAAAUCUCCUUUCCAUAGAGAACCUCCUUUCCAAAUGCUUUGCAGGCCAAUACUAGACUUAAUCACUGUCAAACUGGCCUACAGAGUCUUGGAUUCACUGGCAUUCCCGGGUCAGGCUCGUUCUGUUUCAGAAGCAGGAAUCUUCUGAAUUCUGAGGAAUGUGAAAAUCCUUCAGUCGUGAAAUGUGAACAAGUGACAAGUACAGAUAAGAACCACAAAACAACGUUCUACUUUCAAAUAUAUUUCAAUUAAUUGAUAAAACUGAAGUUCUACCUGAAAGAGCAAAUGCUGUCACAAACGUCUGUUUUCCUAUUUUAACUGUAAUCCUACUUCUUUCCGUACAAAUAGAUAUAGGACUUUAUCAGGCUGCUUAUAGUAAAAGUAGCAAAAGGAAACGAUAUCUAAAUAAGCCCCUCUAAGACAGGCCAUGAUAGGAUUGUCUAAACUCUUUUACCCUCCACUCGAUACCUCAAUCUGUACUUAAAGCAAAA